AUGGCAGGUAGGAAAUUGUGCUAUCUAGAUGCUCUCCUGAUCUGCUUCAUUGUCCCAUGAAGCAGACAGAGAAGCCAGCUGAGAAGUUAAGGAUUUAUAGCCAGGGAAUGGAUGAAAUCUUUGGACAACUUAGGGACAGUAACAUACAUGCAAGUGGAUACUGUGAUAGACAGCAAGAGAGAAGGGAGAAAGGCAGAUUCUCUGAAAAAGGCACCCCAGUUAGUCAAGGCCCCAGUACCCCCAUGGGGCUUAGAUAAGCCAUGACUAAGGCCCAUUCAAUGGCCUUCAGUGGGACUUACCGGUACUCUUGAAUAUAUAUUUCACUAGAUGUGCCAAUAAAGUCUGAGGCUCCUUCAAAAUCACAUAUUUAUUUUCAGUACUACUGUCCAUCUACAUUGCGUUUUGUAGAACAAUGUACAUUGCAUUGUCAUUGCAAAUGACAUUUUGGAGGUCCCAGGUCGCAAAGUGGUUAGAUUGGUCUCAACUAGGGCCAGGGCCUUUUCAGUACUGGCCCUGACUUGGUGGAACGCUCUUCCACAAGAGACCAGGGCCCUGCGGUACUUGACAUCUUUCCGCAGGGCUUGCAAGACAGAGCUGUUCCGCCUGGCCUUUGGUUUGGACUCAGUCUGACCCUUAUGUUUCCCUCCCCUUAUGGUCUUGAUUUAUCAGCUACUUUUAAAAUGAGGCUGCAUUUUAAAUUGCAUUUUAACCUGUAUUUUAAAUUGGUUUUUUCCCUCCCCCCCAUUAUGUUUUUACUGUGAUUUUAUUGGUAUUAGCCGCCCUGAGCCCGGCUCUGGCCGGGGAGGGUGGGGUAUAAAUAAAAAUUAUUAUUCUUAUUAUUCUUAUUAGUCCAAAGCAGCUUACAAACCAAGAGUUUAUAGGGAGCAACAACACAAAACAUCAGUUUGGGAGGAAAAGCAGUAGAUAAAUACGCAAAUAUCCAUAAAUGAUCCACAUUGAUCCAGAAACAAAUGCAGUUUGGUUAGAUUCCGCUCUGGUGUGAGAACCUGAAAUAACAAUUGUUCUUUAGAUGAAUGAUGAUCUUUGUUGCUGUUGUAACCCCUAUCUCACCGAAUUGUAGAAACAGGUGAGCUUAACAGGUAUAAGAUUUAGCCGGUGCCUAAAUCUUUAGCCAGGGUGGGCCUCUACCAUUGCGGAACCUUAGCCCCCAUUCCACAGGAACAGAGGAUCCCCACUGUCCAGACUGGGAGCCCUGUCCCUAUGCUAUCAGCCGCAAACAAGGAAAUGCUUCUGGUCCUCCCGCAGGUAGAACCCCAACCCACUCUGGGACCUACUCGUACAGGAGUGCUUGCAAACAGAAAUGAACAAAAUUCAGGCCUCUUUGCAGAGGAUAUAAUUUUAUGUACCUCUGACCCUAUUACAGCAGGCAAAAUACUAUAUACAGAGCUGGAACAGUUCUCCAGGGUCUCAGGAUUGCAAGAUACUUUUAAGAAAGCAGAGGUAAUGCUUUUUCAUACACCACCCCAUUCAUAUGCAGUAGACUUUUACAGCAAUGUUGAAGAUUCAAAUAGCUAGGAAGUUUUAGAUAUCUGGGGGUGCAAAUUACCCAAAACUUGAACAAACAAGUUGUAUCAGUUUAAUUAUAGUACGGUUUGGAAAGCUCUAAAUAUGGAUAUAAAACAUUGGAAUAAAUGAAGACUCUCCAUUAUAGACAAACUAGUUGCAUUGAAAACAAUGAUUGUACCUCCAUUUCUUUUCUUCCAGACUUGGGUGAACGCCUGAGAUGGAGGAAGACCCUGGAACCUAUCCCUAAAGGAAUCCAACAAAGCCCACCCACCCGUGGGAAGAAAGAUAGGGGAGACCUGGCCAUAAAAGGGAUAGGCAUACCUAACCCCCAAAAAGAGAACCCCCUAAGAAAAAAAUACAAAAGCCCCAAAAGUAGAGAAAGGGGGCAUCUGAGGCAUCCGAGGGAACAAAAUAACCCUCAGGUAAAGGCCUAAAAACACUCCAAAAGCUUCUUUCGGCUGAUGCCCCCUCCCCAGCCCCCUCCCUGCCAAAGCCAGCAGCCCAAUUUGGGCAGAGGCUGGCACCCCUCUCCCUGCUCACCCAUGUGGAUUACCCCAGGUGUUUGCAGGACCAUCUGGCUCGCAUCCACAUGAGUGGGCACCCCCCCCACCAUUCCCUCAUCUGCAAAGGAGGAGCAGGAGAAGCAGAGCUCACCUUGAGCACUGCCUCUAAUGGAUAUUCUAACUUUUAAGAUUUAAGCCAGGGCAAGAGGCAGCAACAGCAGUUCCCACCUCUCUGCUGCAGACUGACACCAGGGCAUCAGGGCACACUCGCUGCAAGUGGGGGCCUAACUUGCAGGCAGGCAGGAAAUUCUUAGACACACUCAUUCAGGAGCCUGCAUCUCUACCUGGUGCUGGUGGUGCAGCAGCAGCAGCCUGGCCUUAGGGGAGUCUCAUUCAGUAAAAUUGCAUAGGCUAUCCCCACCAAAGGCUGUCCCACUGACCAGCCUCUCUGCCUGGACACCUGAAUGAGGAGCUCAUAAUGCCUCCCUUAGCUACUCACUGAGGUCACAGAGCCUGUUCUGCUGACCAAAUCCACCCCUCUGCCUGGACACCACAGCACAGCUAGGUCAGGGAGGGAGACAACCAGCCUUUAUAGACAGGUGAGAAAGGAGGGGAAGGCAGCCUAGUGUGUAGCCUCUCUUCCAGACCUUGUGAUUUCUUCUUAGGAUAUGAUGCAUUCUGCAUUCUUGUACAAUAGACAUGGAGAGGGGUGCAGGUAACGUGAAGAUGAGUAGCUGUUUGGAAGCUAUCUUUUUUAUCUCCAGUUUAGUUUUACUCGUAUGAAGGCUAAUGCUGUUUAGUUUAAUGCUGUAGUCCAGGCAUGUCCAACUUCAAGUAGCCUGUGAUCUAUGAUCACAGCUGUCCUUCUUCUCCCCCCACCCCCAAACCAGUGUGCGAUCUCUCCCCCCCCCCCCCCAUCAAAGGGAGCCUUGCAGCUGAUGUGGAUCCCGAGGUUGCAGAGAAAGACUCUGAGAUCGACCAACCCCACGGGGGUUGUACAUGCCUCAUACAGCAAUGUUCCAGAUAUUAACCCAACCUCUGUUGGUAUAUUAGAGGUUUCCUUCCAUCGCUGGGCAAUAACUAACUAUUGUGAACAGGAAGGAAAUUAAUUCUUUAGAUUUAAGGGUGGAGUUUGGGGUCAAAUCUAGGGCUAAGAAAGCAAGUGCCGAAUCAGGAAGGAUAUAUUGUUGGCAAUUUUGGAGGUCAGAUUAAAAGCUUUUUGCCAAAAGGUGUCGACCACUUUCACGUUUCUGGGAGCAUACUGUGGCCCCGUUUCAUUAUCUGAAAUUGGCAGGUUCACCUCUGGACUUAAAUUGGGCAAAGCCCCCAGGUAGUAAUUACACACCCGCACCCACCCCUCAAAUUACUAAAGUCAAACUUGGAAUGGUGGGCACCAGUUUUUGCUGUCCUGUUCACAUGUAUUGAUCAUACUACAUGUGCUCCACCAGACUGGGGGCUUGCAAUCAUUAUCCCAAUUUACAAAAAAAGGGAAUUCUAGACCAAUCAGUCUCUUAAGUAUCAUCAGUAAAUUGUAUGCUAGCCAUCUUUUAGAGAAACUUUCUAGUUAGAUGGAGGAAGAAAAUUUCCUGGAGGAAGAGCAAGCAUGUUUUAGGUCUGGCUGCUCAUCCAUUGACCAGGGAUUGGUUUUACAGCAUCAGAAAAAUAUUCUUCUGCUGGUGGAGCACUUUACACAGCUUUUAUAAACUUCAAGUCUGCUUUUGACAUGAUAGCAAGAAACAGACUACGGGAGCUGAUCUGCAACACCUGUGCCAUGUUUGUCUUUUUGCUGCAGAACACACAAAAGUACAUCUGUAGCAAGCGCAGAGAAUGGAGAGCAGCUCCAAGCAAAGAUGGAGCUUCUCAGUGGAGCUGAGCGGACUGUGGAGGAACGGCAACACAGACAGGUGGGGAGCCCCUGGGCAUAGCUGUCAACCUCCCCCUUUUUUUGCGGGAAAUUCCCUUAUUCCAGCGCCACUUCCCGCUGCUAUCCCGGAUUGUUAGAUAUCCCGUAGACUGUCCCCGGGACAGGUGAGGCUGCUGAUCCCUUAUUUCAAAUCUGAAACUUGACAGCUAUGCCCCUGGGGAGGAGAAAGAUCACACAGGGGAGGAAGGUGAGUCUCAGAAGCAGGACAGUCCUGAGCUGCAAAUCGCUCCCACAUGUGGGACACCAAUUCUGGCCCAAAGGAGCAAGGAUAGCAGCUGCCAACCGCAGAAGACACCAAGGGGACAGUGAAAGGCACAGCGCAUAGAAGGAUUCUUGCCACCCCACAGAGGGCAAAGGGGGGGAAAUCCUGCUUAAAAACCUUUGAAAGCCACUACCAGUCAGAGGAACAAUGGUCCGACUUUGUAUAAGGCCUUUUGUAUGAGGCACUGUUUCCUUUUUUAUUCUUUUAAAAAAUAUAUUUUUAUAGUUUUCCAGUUACACUUCCCACUUCAUACAUUUUUUCCUUUCAUUAGUCCCAUACACGCUUCCCAACUUAUCCCUUACCGGCAUUCUAGGUUUAAAAAUUAUCCUAAAAAUCCCCACCCGUCAAUAAAACGCCGUUUUUCCCCUCAGCGCCUUUCCCGCCUAAACCCUGCCGUGAGGUAA